AUGGAUAACAGUCGACCUCUUUCGCGCACCAGUCGGCAUAGCUCGACCCCCAUGCCUUUCGAAUCCCCUCCGCUAGGCGGACAUCUCUCCAUCGCCAAGCAUAGGAGCUCGAAAUCCUGCAGUGAUGCGCCAGUACGACUUCCUCCCUGGAGCCGGGACGUAGACGUGACUUUUCACAAGGAUCCGCUGGUGAUGAGAAUCGCUGAGAGAUCACGGCAAAACCUUGAAGCCUCUGUCAAUACGAAAGCAGCGGAGCAUCUGCUCAAGAAACAGAGGAAAGUUCGACGCGAGUUUGGGAAUGUCGAGUCGCUGACUUACGCUGCUAUUAUCUCCAUUCUCAACUACAAGGAGAGACGCGGAGAGCCUGAGGAUGAGCCAUUUCGCAAAGUGAUCGGGGGCCUUUAUUUAUUGCAUGGCCUCCAAGAGCCUAUGGGACCAAAGAAUGAGUCUCAUGACCUUUUUGACCUUCCUGAGAGAGUCCGCCGGCGGAUAUGGAGCUAUGUUGUACUCGAUGGACAAAAGAAACCGAGGAAGCCCGUUCGACUGCAGCCUUUCAAUGCUUUUCUCAAAGAUGUAUGGCUGAGCGACGACUUCUAUACGACCCGUGAUCUCUUUCAACCUAUUCGGGGUGCAUUAUCGGCCUGUUCUGCCAUGCGGGUGGAUCUGAUGGCGUACAUUCUUGCCACACAUCGCUUCCACUUCACCUUCUCACCAUACGUAAGAGAUAAGACAUGUCCCGAGUUCUUCCAUUGGAUGUACCGGUAUAGCCACCUGAUGCAGUUGAUGAUCAUUGAAUUGGAUCUCAGCAGGCUUGAGUUUGGAGCUGAUGCAGCAGCCAUUGGACUAUCUGAGGGAAGUCCACAUGUCGACAAGCUCGUCGCGGAAUUUGUCGAAAUUCAGCUCGACGGCCGAAGUAUGCCGAUCCAAAGCCUCGUCCUUCUCGCACGCCGCUUCCAUGGCCAGCGUACUAAUAUGAUUAAGCCUGACUCCGAGAACGGAUCACCAGCGAAACCACGCGCAUACUGUUCUCCAAAUGCCGAGUUGGCGGCUGCGCGCCCACUAGUCCAGUUGGCCGGUCAAAUUAACACCCUCCGCAUCGCUGGCUUUAGCAGGCCCACGACCGACAAACUACUGGCUUGGUUAUUCCCUACUAUCGAGUACAAUGUCGAUAACCCGGACCUUUGGAACCACUGUCACCGUACGGAUAUCUGCACCAUCUGGCCCUUCCUGCCUGGUCAAGCUUCGGUCCACCGAGACACGCAGUUCGGAGCGGUACAGCCUACGGAGCCAUGUCUCGAGGUCGAGAGUGAGAAUACCGUCAUAACUACUACUUCGGCAAAGCGACAAAUAGCCAAGCUGAUGGAGUUGCUCCAGGCGAAUGAAGAGAAGCAACAAAGACGGCGAGAGGCCAAUGGAAAGAGGAGGCAGCAACGCGAAAGUGGGGAGAGCAACGACACCAUGGAAGAGGGGAGAGGUAUUAUUCAAGCGAGCUCAGGAUCGUGGACCACGCGAGGCGCGCGGGCUUAUAGUAGAAAUUCAAGUUUUGAGGGCGGUCCCAAGCAUCCCGGUGGCAUCCCCAGGGCCAGCAUUGACAGCAAGCAGAGUUCACGUAUUCACAGCAGGAACGUGAGCACGGAGGAGCAUAAGCGCAUUGGCAGCGUUUUCCAGGGCGGUAUAGAGAGCAGCCCAAGUUCACGCAUCCACAGCAGACAGAACAGUGGGGGCCAAAGGCAAUUCAGCGAAUCAAGUGGCAUACAGACCCGGGACUUCGCCGAGGAGCAUCGGCGCGCCAGAAAUAUCAGCAGAGCUAGCGAUAGGACCCAGUCAACAUCACACACGCAUAGCCGCAACGUAAGCGGCGGCGACGAGAACAAGCGCCUUAGUAAGGCGAGUGCCAGAAGCACCGCGAGUACGCAAAGUGCCCAGAGCGCGUACAGCACGCCAAGUGCGGAUUCGGCCCUGGGGCUCGAUAUGACGGUCCAGAAGCGGUCCAGGUCCAGGAGCCUGGGGACGAAGAGAAGCUUCAGGAACCUGCUGAGAAGGUCAUCGCGGUCACGAGAGACCAGUCUGGAGCCGGAGUAUGUCCCGGACUUUGAUUUUGUGAUACCCAAGGCCUACCAGAGUGGACCUAUUUAG